AUGGCGCACCAAGCGACCGACAAUAAUUCGGAGUCAUGGAAUCCAGCAUUACGGCCUGAGAACAAUAACUCUUCUGCUACGAUGAGCUUGAUCCAGGGUGGUUUGUCGGAUCUGAUUGCGGCGGACGAGCCAAAGGACGAGUCCUUAGAAGAUAUUGUGUCCCCGCAGAGUGAGGACUUCUCUGCCUGGGAUAUUUCAGAUGAGGUAGACGCGAUUCAGCCUCAACACACGAGCUUGGACGUGCUAGUGAACAAUGCAUCACCAGUGAUAGACCAGGUUGUGUACCUAGACACUGAUUCCAUCGAGAAGAAGAGUCAAACCCCCGAUCGGACUGUUGAAGCGAUUCAUACAAAAAUAGCGCCAUCUAUCGAGAAUGCAGAUACCGUCUUAAGCCCGACCCCACCGGAAACGCAACCCGCGCAGCCUGUUCAGACCCAAGCACCUUCAGUCCAAUCCGGUGCAGAGGCUAGUAAUGGGGGUUUCACCACUGUUGAAGGGUCGGCCCCCGUGCAAACCGAAACCUUUGAUAUUUUCGUUCCCACUGUCGCACCUGAACAAGAAUAUUUGGAGCCGACAUUUGUGCGAGAUGCGACUCCUUCGGGGGAGGAGCGAACCAUGGCACCUGAACCCAUGUUGGACACUCUCAAACAUGAAUUUAGCCCUCAGUCCACUCCCAGUGAAAAAGCUUCUCUACAAACAGACGAGGGGAACACUGAUUCCGAGGAUCCGUCGGCCACUUUCGAGAAGGACCUUGGAAAUGCACCGCCCCCCACCGAAGAGGCUACCCCUCAUAGCAAAAUUUCCCAUAAUUUCUCAGAGUUUGCCUCAACACCUAAUCUAAUCCAGGAUAGGGAGGAGCCAAAGUUCGUCGAAGAAGCUGUGCGUCCAUCACCCGAGGAAACAGCAUUUACGGGUGCGACAUUUGACGAGAAGAGUGCUGACAUCUUCAACUACACUGAAAAGGUCAUCGCUACGACCGAAAUUGAGCAAGCUGAUCUUUUGUCUCGCUCGAUAAAUGUUGAAUCUGAGAAUGCCGAUUCAUCAGUUCCUAUGGAGGCCUUCGCAUCCACCAACGAGGCCUACCCAGAUCCGGCCGCAGCGGAUGAGGAUACAGCCCCUCAGGACCAACCUUUCUGGACAAACGAGGCGAGCGGUAAAGUCGACUCCGAUGAGGACGACUUUUUCAAUCAACUCAACAGCCAGACAAAGCCAAUCUUUGCACCACCAGAAGCCGAGCCUGGGUCACCAGAAGCCGAGCCUAUGUUCGAGGAAGGGGCCCCUUUGUUAGAUAAGCCUACAACGGCUUCACCUCAACGCCGACUGGAAGAAGAUAAAUCUAUUGACAGCGUGUUUACCAACGACGAGGAUGAUGCAGAUAGGUUCUUUAGCUCGGCUCCAAAGUUAGAGGACAAGAACGGCGAUGAGAAUUUCUUGGGCUCUACCUCGAAGGAAGACGCCGAGGAGCAACCUGUCGAUCAUUUCGCCCGAAAUAGCACAUCUCAGGUCUUGGAAUCGGCUGGAUUUGUUCUGGAUUCCCCUGUUAGUGACUCUUCGGCUGCGGCGCAGUUUGAUGAUGCUCUGAAGGUUGCGUUGCUGGAGCCCCAAACAACAGUUGAUCCCUCAGAGGAAGAGCUAGCCGCACGGUGGGAAGCUGAGCUAGCAGAUUCACCGGAUGAUGAUCUGGCGGCUCGCUGGGAGGCGGCAUUGGAUGAUGACGAUAUACUGCUGGAAGCUGAAGCCGCUCAGUCUGUCUCUGCACAGGAGCAAAUUAAUCAAACACCUAUUCAGUCCACGCACAAUGGUCUAUCGGCUGGCUUGAACAGUCCGUUCCAGACCCCUCAGGCCUUUCCCCAGCCAAGACCUGUUCCCAACAUAUACACACCCCAUCAACCAUCCACUGGUGAUCUAUUGCAGGGUGUUCCUCUUGCAGGAACUCUGCCGCCAGCCACCGGAGCGAUGUCAUCAUACUUCUCGCAGGCACCGCAUAAUCCUGUGGCAAUAAGGGGAGAGAGCUUUGCUGAACGGUCAAAACAGGGUUAUAAAUCUCCUUAUGACCUUCCAGAUGAAAUCUCCCGACCCCGAAAGCCGGUCACUACCCAUAAGCCUGUUCCUCCAACAGUGACUAGUUUGCCCCCACCUCCUCCCCGAGGUCUUUCUGGCGUACCGAUUCCUGCUGCUGCUGGCUUCCUCACUCCGGCAGCUCCCCCAUCAUCUGUGUCUGCUCCCCCUGCGCCAAAGAAUUUCUACGAGGAACUUCCUUUGGGGCCACCAAGGUCUAGGCCUGCCAGCUCAGGUCGGUAUACCCCUAAUCCGCAGGCGGUGCCAACGAUGACCGGGUCAUCUCUUUCCCUCCCCCAGGUCCAGUAUGCUGCUGCCGCACCACCAGUUCCACAGCACAUGGCGCUCCCAAUUCAAUCCACAUUCCAGCCCCCUGAGCAGCUGGAUCCGUAUGCUAGUCUAGCAUCGAGUGCCCUGACUGGACCUUCUGCCGAUGCAAGGUAUUCUCCUCAGCCUCCUGGCUUGCAAGCACCCCCAAAGCCACCUUCGCUACCGAGAUACUCCCCUGCUCCCCCUCCUACCUCUUCCACUCCCAAUCGGUAUGCCUCACAGCCACUCAAUGUUCCUGGCCAAAAUUUGCCUUUCCAGCCACGGACUUCAAGUCCGCUUGCACACCAUGAAAAGGUUUCCUACCAGCCUGAUCAAUCACACAAGCUACCAUCUCUCGACCCUGCGAUCAAUUUAUCUCCGACGCGCGGGCAAGGAGCUGGCUUUGGACAAAUCCCGCCUAGUGCUCCGCAAUAUCUUAAUGGUCCCGACAGCCUACCACGAAGAGAAGGUGCAGGCUCACCUGUACAAUCAUCUCCGCCUCAAAGUCGCUAUGCCCCCCAGGAAUAUCUUAAUGAAUUUGCCCAGCGUCUCGCACCGGCCCCGGAACACGCCCUCCCUGUUCCCGCGACGAAUGUAUACAUGUCCCCGCCGCCGAACGAUAUCCAGAUUGGUCCACUUCGCAGGUCCCAGACACAGUCACCUAGCCGGGACUUGACGAGCCCGCGUUCCUACGGACAGAACAUCGAUAUCCUUCAACGGCCGGCUUCCGUGCAACUUUCAGGCUCGCCAACUAGAACUGUGAAUCCAUAUGCUUCUGUGCAGGCUGUCUCUCAAACCCGCGCUCCAACGAAGCACCUGGAAUUCAUCGUUCCCAAUGAUGGACAUCAGCAUGAUCCCCUGGAGCGAUGGAAGGGUGCUCCUAUCUUCAAAUUCGGGUUCGGUGGAUCCAUAGCAUCUUGUUUCCCUAGGUACAUUCCUCGCUACUCCGCUGGCCAAGUGGCGCCAAUGAUCCAGCCUACUCUUGGUGAACCGAAAAUUUCCCAGCUGAACGAAUGGCUGCCCUCUGGUAAUAACAUUGUCCAGCACCCUGGGCCCCUAAAGGCAAAAUCAAAGAAGAAGGACUUGAUUGCUUGGCUUUCUAACAAGAUUUCGGCAUUCGAAGCUUCAGAUCUUCCAAGCUACGAACAGGUUCAGUCCGAUACGCGCAAACGCCAGGAGGAAAAAAUUCUUCUGUGGAAGGUUGUCAAGCUGCUGGUGGAGAAUGACGGCAAUCUGGAGAGUUCCCCAGAAAUUCAAAAUUCUCUACGCCAGAUCAUCUUCCCUAACUUACCCAACCCCGACGCAGACGGAUCAUACACUAAUAGCUUAGCCGCCUCGGGAGGAUUUGCCCCUUCCGAAAUGCCUUCGCAGCCUGAUGCUGUUGAUCCACAGUGGUUGGAGGAGCUCCGCUUACACUUGAUCUAUGGCGAUCGGGAGAAGGCUGUCUGGAGUGCUGUCGAUCGACGUCUUUGGGGACACGCGAUGAUCAUCUCAUCGACCAUGGACAGGUCGAUUUCGAAACAGGUCGCGCAGGAAUUUGUCCGCCGGGAGGUCAGAUCCAAAUCCACAAACACCGAGUCACUUGCAGCCCUCUACGAGAUCUUCGCUGGCAAUAUCGAAGAAAGUAUCGAUGAACUGGUUCCCCCGUCUGCCCGAGCAGGUCUGCAACUUAUUAGCAAGGCUGAUGGCCAGGGAUCCACUAAGAAUGCGCUCGAAGGGUUAGACAAGUGGAGGGAUACCUUGGGACUGGUUUUGAGCAAUCGGAGUUCCGAGGAUCAUCUGGCCCUAUUUUCCCUUGGUCACCUCCUCAAUUCUUAUGGACGGACAGAUGCGGCUCACGUUUGUUACAUCUUCUCGCGUGCUGCAGUUUUCGGUGGCCCCGAUGAUCCGAAGGCCAACAUCACUCUCCUUGGUGCUGACCAUCAGCGUUGCCCUUCUUCCCUAAUGGAAGGAGACGCUGUCUUGCUGACUGAGGCCUAUGAAUAUGCUACGUCUGUUCUCAGCAACUCUCCAACAGCCCAUCUGCCACAUCUCUUGGCUUUCAAGAUUCUGAAUGCCAGGCGCCUUGUUGAUCAGGGUCGCAAUUUAGAGGCGCAAGGCUAUUGCGACGCAGUGGCAGCAGCAUUGAAGGCAACCACUCGUCCCUCGCCAUACUAUCACCAACACCUUUUUGCGGAAGUUGAAGAGCUGUCUGCACGUCUGCGUCAAACAACCAGUGACAGCGGCUCUUGGAUCUCGAGGCCCAGCAUGGAGAAGGUCUCGGGGUCUAUGUGGGCUCGCUUCAAUAGUUUUGUGGUAGGUGAUGAUAAUGAUGCUGCAUCGACUGGGUCUGGUAAAGGUGGCGAGCAUGCCGAAGUUGGUCCUUUUGCAAACGUGGCCGGCACCCCGACAAUUAGCCGUUCACCUUCUGUAUCUGACAUCUACGGUUCUUAUCCUGGAGCAACUGCAGGAGCGCAGCCUAUUCCUACCAGCGGCGUGUCCAAGUAUCACCCAUCCGGCCAAUAUGCCCCCAAUGCUUCGCCUGAGCAGUUCAAGGGCCGAUCUUCGAUGGAUUCUCAGAGAUCUGCUUCCUACUUCCCGCCUGUUGGACAGCGUCGAAGCUCACAAGAACUCUCGCCCUCGAUUGAUCAACAGAUGUCCUAUGGAGCUUCACUAUACGGGUCACCAAACGCGGGUGGAUAUCAAGCAACACCGCCCCAGUCUUCUUACAUUCCUCUUGCUCCGGUAGAAGAAGCCAUGUCACCCUCAGAAGCUCUUACAGCUGCACAGCCCAUGGUGAACGGUCUCUUUUACCAGCCCCCAGGACAGGCCGCUACAUCUAGCGAAUCUCCAUAUUACCAAGGCCCCCCUGGUAUGCCAGCUGGUGUACCAGACUCAGACUCACCCUACGCGCCCCCAGUUGCCAGCUCUUCUUACGAACCAGUUUCUUACGAGCCUGUUUCGGCUGGUGUUGACACGGGCGAUGUUGCCCAGGAGGAUGAUGUCCCACCUGUCGCAGAGCAAUCGAAGAAGCAGGCAAUAAUGGAUGAUGACGACGACGACCUUGCUGCCCGGGCAGCGGCUAUCCAAAGAGCGGAGAACGAUCGCAAAGCAAAUGAAGCGUUCGCGAAAGCCGCCGAGGAAGACGCUAAGAAGGAUGCCCAACAAUCUGGCAAGAAGGGCUGGUUUGGUGGUUGGUUCGGCGGAGCCAAGAAAGAGGAAAACAACUCCGGUGGCGGUCCCAUCAGAGCCAAACUUGGCGAAAAGAGCUCGUUUUACUACGACAAGGAUCUAAAGAAAUGGGUCAACAAGAAAGACCCCGGUAGUGGUGCGCCGGUCCAUUCCACCCCACCCCCUCCUCGAGGAUCCGCUCCACCCAGUCGAACUGCGAGCUCGGGCAGCAUACCACCCAACGGAGCACCUCCGAUGCCCCCAAUGUCGGUCUCUGGCAGCCGGCCACAAUCUUCCUUAACCGCCGCUCCACCUUCCUUGUCCUCUAGCCCAGGCUUCUCUGGUCUCGCGCCUCGGUCUGUUUCUACGGGAGCGGCCAUGCCAACACCGCCGGGUAUUUCCAGCGGCCCGCCGCCACGGCCUUCUUCGUCCUUGACUCAUGCUAACUCAAUCGACGAUUUGAUCGGUGCGCCCCAGGCGCGCAAGGGCAAUACUGUUCGCGGCAAGAAGAAGGGCCGUUACGUUGACGUGAUGGCCCAAUGA